AGCAGACGACAACGACAGUUACAAACCCAUCGCUUCUGUAUUGACGGCGGAACAGAGGAUUGAAGGCACAGUUGGUGAGCGACAUACCGUCGGUGCUGUCUGGAACUUCCAGCUAUACCAUUCAGCAACCGGUAGUCGUCGUACACAUGCAUGUCAUCUACGCGGAUUUUAGCUCGUCUUCCAUGGCCAUCUCUUGGACGCCUCAACUGGAAUGUUGUAUCCCGAACCAUCGUCCACUCUCGGCAGCGUCUGGACGGCGUAGAAAUGUCAGAUGAGCCCUAUCCUUCCGAGCUACCGGACCGUAAAGUUUUCGAAGAACGGGAGAUGAAGGACUAUUCUGCUGUGUCCGCAGAGCUUAGGUCACCCCCGCGGACACGAGCGCUGGCGCAGGUCCUGACCGACCUCGUUUGCGCUGGAGACUGGGAGCUUGCGAACCGUGUUCGCCUCGAGAUGAUUGAAAACGGAGCAAAAAUAUCUCUGAAUCCCAUCUUCGAGAAAGCGGCUUUGGCUGCACUACGGUCUCUUCGUGUUGGAGAUGAUCUUAUGCCUUUCACAGUCUGGCUCGAGUUGUGUCCUGAUGCCUCCAACUCAGCACCAAAUCCAUUUCAAGCGACGCGUGAUUAUCUUUGGAGCGAUCCCUCAGAACGGGUCACUUUGAUAUACCACUUUGGUAUGGUCCUGGCAAAGAAAGGCUACACAACACUGGUCAAGGAGGAAGUCAUUCCUGCCAUGGAAUAUGUUUCUUCACGGUACCGCCACCGCAAGAACAUGUUCAUCAAAAAUCUCAAACAGGCACUGCUCCCCAUUGUUCUCCCCCAACCUUCGUCCGGCUCUCUCAUCUUUGAGGAGGAAGAUCACCCCGACUAUGCCAUCGUAGCUCAAGCGUCAAUCGGCGUCUCUCACAAAGAUCUUGGUGACCAUUUAGCGGAACUGGUUGCCGAUCGGAAAUAUGACGAGGCGAAGCAGUUUUUGUUUGAGCUUCGCGAGUCCCACACCCACAUUCCUUUCUCGCCGAUCUACCAGGCUGCCGCUCAGAAUGCUCUACAGCAUGCGGCAACCGCUACGCAAAGUCUCGAAGACUUUGCGGCAUGGUUUUCCCUCGUUCCUCUGUACCAUGACCAACCCCUCGAGGAGUUCACGGAUAUUCGAAGGCUAAUUUUUCACGCGCCUCUGACGAAUAUGUCCUUGAUCAUCCGGUUCGCCCUCAUAUGCUCAGAAAAAGGGUAUGCGGAUCUAAUCGGUGGUCAAGUCAUUCCAAGCGUUAUGCGUUUCGCAAAUUCCGAUGUUAGCAAGCAGUUUUACCUGCGAUUUGAGGAAAAACACCAGCAUUAUCUGAAACGGUAUCACGAACGAUCUGCCGCAUCUCUUUGGCGUAAAUUCCAAGCGGUAAUGCGCGGUUCAGCUAUCCGAUCCUUGGUUUAUGCAGGACGGAUAGAUGAGGCGAUAGAUAUGUUACCUCCGAAGAGAGCCACAUACUUUUUGUCAGCUUAUACUUGCGACGUUCUCAACAACGUCCUCGUUAAAGCUGGUGAUGUCAAGUAUUUCCCUCUCCUUGGAUACCUGAGGGCUAUGCGUGUCCAGCAACUUAGGCAGGACGACACUCUUCUACAAGACUAUGCUCAAUCUUCGAUCACCUCACGAUUCACUUCCCAAACUCGUACACUCCCUUACAAUGACCAGUCCCAGUCUCUCGCCCAAACUCUGCGUUCUAUCAAGACGUCGUUCUCAUCCGGUCAUACUCCUCCUCACCCGUCAACCCUAAUCAACUUUUUUAAUGCCUACGUCGAGUCAGGACGUUCACGCGCCAUUGAUCUUCUCCGGCGAAAAGCUCUUCGCUCUAAUCCCAUCGCCAGCACUGUCUUUGUUUUUACGCAGAUGAUCACCUAUUACAGGCUAAACCAGCACUAUCUUGUCUUGCAAACAUUCGUCGACAAUUUUUACAUUACUGGUGUUCCUCGAAGCGAAGUAAUAGCUCGCUUGAAAGGGCAGCAUGAUGUUCCUCUGUCUGUGCCUUUGUCUCAUCGCAGCAAGUUAUGGCCGACAGCCUACCACACUGCUCUCGUCUGGCAUUCCCUUGUCGCCACGACAUCGACUUCGGUUAAAGUUGAGGUCCUGUAUAAAAAACUCAUCGCAACCGCUCGUGGGGAAUACUCGGACCAGCUAUCAGAAACUUUAGCCGCUUUCAGUGGUGUAGAAGUGCUUCACACUCCCCCCGGGGUUAAUAGCGUUUGCGCUGCCGCGUUUACGCCUUUCAUGGGAAAGUUGAUGCGUUCGUCAGGUGUAGAGCGGGGAGCCAGUAUUCUAGCUGACAUGCUCGAGUUGGGGAUCCAACCCACGGCGUAUCACUUCACCGAACUCGCAGGUUACUAUGCAUCUACGGGUAAUGCCCAGAGAGCCCUUUUCCUCCUGGGCCGAUUGGAGACCGCCUUUGACCAACAGGGUGAUAAUGAGGAUAUCAAAAUGCCAAUCUCUGAGAAGGAAAUGCGACAGACGGAGACUGGUACAGCGUCUUCCGAAGAGUUGCCAUCAUCCAUUGAACACACUCGGCUGGUACCUGCAUCUGUUCCCAAUGCGCUGCCCGUGCCUUCGUUUGUCAUGUAUGUUUCCCUUAUGCGGGGAUUCCUUAUUUCCCGGAAUCUUGACGCGGUUGCGGAAGUCAAUGAGCGCAUGCUUAAACGAUACGACUAUAUACCCGGGCAGAACGACUAUCUCGAUGCCGUAUAUUCUGAUUGGCAGAUGAAGCAAGAGGGAAACCGGUAUCCUAUUCGACCGUUGCCUACGAUCAAAUAUAGGCGAGUGCACCCGGGUGAUAACGUUACUCAUGAUGUUUAAGUAGUCGAAGUAGCCGUAAAGCGAAAGUCAAUAGUUAGUAUUGCACUAAUAAGGAAUACACCUAGAAGCUUGCAGAUCCAUGUAUUUAUUAUUGAUAGUACUUCCUUCUUGGAAGGAGCGGGUUGGAUGGAAGUGCUCUUUAGAUGCUCUACACUGAUAAAUGCGAGAAAACAAUGUAAAAGUCACA